UAUGCCCUCGCGGAGACAGGAACUGGCAAGGCGGAGUAGCCGGUCCCCAAGACGAGUAGCCCAAGACGUGGGCUGCUCCAAAGAGGGUGAGACCUGAGGAUGAACGAAUCUGAUCAGGCGCCUCGGGACUACCCUGAAAUGGGGGGGGGGGGGCCUUCCGGCAGAUCACGUGGCCAGGCUGUUAGCGCAGUUGCUGGGCAACCACAGCUGCGGGAGUGGUCCGCGCGGGGCUGCUCUCAUGUUGACUUAUCAGGGGAUCUCCAAAGAAAACAAGGGGACCAAGGACGGGGCUGCUGGGGUGAAGGUCCAGGAGGCUGAGUCCCCUGUUGAAACGACUUGCUGUAGAACAAUCCUAUGGGGGAAGAGUGAAGAAACUGAAUUCUGAGAUCCAAAUGCCUCCUCGACUGAAGCACCAAAAUUAAAAGUAUUUUUAGAGGCACAGAGCAAAAUUAAGACACAACUCCAAAUUGAAAGUCAGGACUCUGUAUUCUAUUUUCAGCGACAAGUCUUGUGCCAUGGAAAGGAAUGACAUUAUCGACUUCAACGCUUUGGAGAAAGAGCUGCAGGCUGCACUCACUGCUGAUGAGAAGUACAAACGGGAGAAUGCUGCCAAGUUACGGGCAGUGGAACAGAGGGUGGCUUCCUAUGAGGAGUUCAGGGGUAUUGUCCUUGCAUCACAUCUGAAGCCACUGGAGCGGAAGGAUAAGAUGGGAGGAAAGAGAACUGUGCCCUGGAACUGUCACACUAUUCAGGGAAGGACCUUCCAGGAUGUGGCCACUGAAAUCUCCCCGGAGAAAACCCCCCUCCAGCCCGAGACCUCUGCUGACUUCUACCGUAAUUGGCGACGACACUUGCUAAGUGGGCCAGAGCGCUACCAGACUCUACUGCAGCUUGGGGGUCCAAAGCUGGGCCGCCUCUUCCAGACAGAUGUGGGGUUUGGACUUCUCGGGGAGCUCCUGGUGGCACUGGCUGAUCACGUGGGGCCGGCUGACCGGGCAGGGGUGCUGGGGAUCCUACGCAGCCUGGCGAGCACUGGGCGCUUCACACUGAACCUGAGCCUGCUGAGCCAGGCAGAGAGAGAGAGCUGCAAGGGCUUGUUUCAGAAGCUGCAAGCCAUGGGCGUCCCCGGAUCCAUGAAGGAGGGGCUCAGCUGGGAGGAGCAGGGUCUGGAGGAACAGUCUGGUGGGCUCCAGGAGGAGGAGAGGCUCCUGCAGGAGCUACUGGAGCUGUACCAGGUUGACUGAUGGAACAAGCUACUCUCAGAGGUCCCGGUGGUCACUGGAGGCAGUUUUUUGGUUGUUGUCUUGGGGGUUCUGCAGGACCAUAAUAAGAAAUCCACACUUAGUUCCCUUCUCAACUUGGAAUUUUCAGAGCAAAAAUAGGAAUCAAGUCUUCCCCACUUCUCCAGUCCCUCAGUGUCUCGCUAUUUUGAACUUUGUGUAUCCACGGGACAGUCAAGAACUCAGGAAGUUGAAAGCAGUUUUUCCCUACCCUUACAGUCUGCCAAGUCUCUAGCCCACUGGCCUUGAGAGAUGAGAGUGUGCCCAACCAAAUGCUGGCUAUACCAGUUACAGCCUCCACUCAGAAAAAGAAAAAAGCAAAAUCUUUAUGGUAAACAAACACUGAUCUCCACAGCUCUUAACAAGAAUGUUUAUAGCCCCAAACCAAUGAAUGGACAUGUAAUCAACAAAUGAUCAAAUGCUACCUCAUUUGAGGUGUUGAAUUUUCCCCUAGAGACUCAGUUCUUGUACAGGUUGGGCCUGGGAAAGUCCCAAGCCAUCAGCUCAGGUCCAGCCAGCCUCCUGAAUGGCCAGAUAUGCAGGAGAGCGGGUUUCCUCCAUUUCCCGGAUUGGUGAAAGGGAAGACUUUUCCACCAGGCUGGCAGGGCAGGGCCUGGAGCACUGAGGCAGAGAUUUCCCUGCCUGAGCACCUUGGCCCCUUCUCAUUCCGGUUUCCUUUGACCCAUUCUUGGGUGAGUGCCAAUGUUCUAGAAAGGGGAGUGAAGGCCAGGUUCUAGAAUGGCUUUCCCCCAAGAUCGGGUCUGGAAUGUUAGAAGGGCAUCUUGUACAUCCACUGGGCAUAAAUCGCCUUGCAUUUGGCAACUUCCUCUGCA